UGAGUUGAAAUCUUGUCUUUUCUUGCGAAAAAAUCCUUGAGAUUGUUAGUAGCCUUUUUACUAGACAUACAAUUAGUACUUAAGCAACAGAUCCAUAGUAUGCCAUGGCAUGUACCAGCUGCGAGGUAUGCCUAUCGCUGUCCAAGGAAGCGUACUUGGAUAUUUUCGCUGAAGAGAACUCCGACAAACAGAUUGCCCUGAUCAUUUCCAAGUAUCUAUGGUUUGAGGUCGUACCAGUGUCGGUUGAAGGUGCACGCUUCAUCUGUUCCAGUUGUUGGCUUUCCCUGGAACAGUUUCAUGAGUUCUACACCGAAGUUCAACGGGCACAAGCCUCCGCUACUGUGCAUAGCACCGCCGCUGCCACAUCCGCCGAAGAUAAAACGGAGUGCAUCGUGGAAGAAAGUACCACAAGCAAGGAUCACCCAGAGUUCUACGAAGUGAAGGUAGAACCCACCGAUAACAUCCAGGAAGGAGUUAACGAAGAAGAGGCUCAUUGCACCGAUAAACCGUUAGCGUGUGUGUUUGUGAAAUGUGAGGGACUCGUAGCACCAGACCCGACGGCACAAUCCGAUAACGAAGAAGAGAUACUGCUGGAGCAGCAGCAGCAGCAGACUGAGGAAGAGCAAUCCGUCUCGGAAUCAUCGGAGGACUGUUCUACGGCCGGCGAAGGAACGUCGAAACGGAAACGGAAACGAACAAGAAAAUCCGACCCAAGCCAGGACUCAAAAACGCGAAAAGUGGAAGACCAACAAAAGGAGGACGAGGAAUUACUGCGUUUCUACAAGCGCAUAGUAUGCGAGACGUGUGACAACCAGCGGAUGAUGGCCGGAGAGUCACAGAUAGAUUACGGCACCUGGAGGGGUCUGUUAAGGCACACAAAGGAGUGCCACGGGCACGACAAGAUCUACGUCAAAUGCCCCGUGUGCGAGAUUAAGCUACGAACCAAAUUUAACCUGCAACAGCACAUGGAUAUGCACGAGAACCCGGAAAAGUAUCGCUGCAAGCUGUGCUCCGAGGUGCACCAGAACAUGAAGGAACACAUGCAGAACAAGCACCAGGAACGACAGUUUUGCUGCGACGUGUGUGGCAAGAAGUUCCCAUUCAAGAAGCGGCUCACGGUGCACAUAAAGAAGAUGCACGUAGAAAAGGACAUCAUCUGCGAUCAGUGCCAGAAACCAUUCACUCGCUAUACGAUUGAGGACCAUAGGCGAUCGGUACAUACGGCGCGGUUCGUGUGCGAGCACUGCCCCAAAACAUUCAACAGUCGUUUUCGGUUACGGCAGCAUAUGGAAGAGCACGAUGAAAGCCUGCGCAAUUCCACAUCCGUCCCCUGCACGGUAUGCGGUCAGGUGAUGCGCGACAAGUACAUCCUUAGCCGACACGUAAAACUUAUGCAUACCGUGCAACCGGCCGUGAGUUGUUCUACGUGUGGCAAAACGUUUAAAUGUAAACGCAACCUAUCGGUGCAUAUGGCCAAUGUUUGUCUUGCACCGACGCGCAUAUUCCCGUGCACAAUCUGUGGUAAGCAGUUCCGGCGUAAGAACAAACUAAAGGAGCACAUGUCGACGCACACCGGCAAACCGCUGUACAUGUGCUCGUUCUGCCCGGAAACGUUCCGCCAAGACACGCACCUGUACUACCACCGAAAGAAUGCACACUACGAACAGUGGUUGCAGAUGCAGCAGCAGCGAAAGGAAGGGGUACGGUUUCGGCUGAACGAAUUACCGUAAAUUGGCCCUAAUAUCCGUUGAUACUCCCUCGAUGAUUAUUUCUUUUACUACUUUUUACUUUACUGUCCCUAUAUAGAAACCAGUUCCACAAGAAAUCUUAGAUACCGACGAUAAAAUCCUGUGCAAAAGUUUGGUAUUUUUGUAACAUUUUGAAGGCCAACCGUUACUUUUU